CCUUGCCGACAUGGUAACUCGCCUCAGCGAAGAGUUGAGAAAAGGAAAAACGGAGAAAAACACUUAUGACUUGUCCAAACUACCAACUUGUGGUUCCGUUAAGACACUGAAAAGAGAGGAGGCUGAGACGAUCCUUGCCGACAUGGUAACUCGCCUCAGUGAAGAGUUGAGAAAAGGAAAAACAGAGAAAAACACUUAUGACUUGUCCAAACUACCAACUUGUGGUUCCGUUAAGACACCGAAAAGAGAGGAGGCUGAUACGAACCUUAAUGAAAUGGAAACUCAUCUAAGCAAAGAGCAGAGAAAAGGAACAACGGAGGAAAAUGAUUCAGGUCGCUUGUCAAAACAACCCAGUUGUAUCUCUGUUAAGGAACCGAAACAAAAGGAGUCUCUGUACCUGACUAAUUGCCGGAUGAUCCUCACUGAUAUGCAUACUCGCCUCAGCGAAGCAUUGAGAAAAAAGAAAACAGAGGAAAACACCUGUGACUGGGCCAAACUACCAACUUUUAGUUCCGUUAAGACAACGAAACGAGAACACUCUAAGGACCUGACUCUUUGCGGUAUGAUCCUUACCGAAAUAGAAAAUCAUGAGGAUGCAUGGCCUUUUCGUCUUCCUGUAAACUUGAACUUUGUUCCUGGUUAUACCAAAGUUAUUAAGAAGCCUAUGGAUUUUUCCACAAUUAGAGAGAAAUUAAUUAGUGGACAGUAUCCAAACCUGGAAUCCUUUGCUGUCGAUGUCAGGCUUAUUUUUGACAACUGUGAAGCAUUUAAUCAAGAUGAUUCUGAUACAGGCAGAGCUGGCCACAGUAUGAGGAGGUAUUUUGAGAAAAAGUGGACAGAUAUUCUCAAAGUGAGCCGAAGCUACAAUAAUCUCUUUUUUCCUUUUCAAUAAGGGCGAAUAAGACCAGCAAUGUCAACUGUAUUUUACAUAAAUGUGCAAGGCACACGCAUAAUGACUUUUUAUCUUAGUAAAAGUAUCUCACACAAAAACAGUAUCAGAAAAAUGAUACCAUUUUUAAAGGCUUCACUCCUGCAACAACCAAGGCCCUUGGUUAUUGGUUUGUGUGAUUUAUCAGCUAAUUUAGGUAGAACAGGGAAGCACACCCAAAGAAUUUUCAAAGGUAAAGGUGUUACAGAGUAACAGCAAUUAAAAUAUAUCAAAUCGCACUGAAUAUUCAACACCAGAGCUCUAAUGUGGGAGAUGGUUCUCCUUUCCCUCUCAAUAAAUAUCUACUUUUCCUUUUUUUAA